GAGAGGGAUUUUGUGUGUGUGUGUGUGUGUGUGUGUGUGUGUGUGUGUGUGUGGUGAUCAGGAUGCGCUUGGUGCUUUUGUUCUCAGUGUUGUUAGCAUUAGUUGUGAGUUAUUUUAGAGUUCCUGCUCCUGGAACUGUAGCGGAACCCUGCAAGCUGCUGCUGCUGGACUCUGUGUUCAGGACCAUGAUGUGGGCGGCGAAGUUGGUUCAAGAUCUUGGUCUAAGUAAUCAGAUGCGUGUGCUGAACUCCAUGGCGUUAUGGGUGGAGCUUCGAGCUCCACGCUCCAGCGAGCGUGUUCGAGUCUCAGAUAUGACCUUCUCAGGAGUUCAGGCCCGUGUGUUUGAGUCGAUGUCUCCUGGUCCACACCGUCUCAAACCUGCAGUCGUCUACUUCCACGGAGGAGGCUGGGCUCUGGGCAGUGCACGAAUGCGAUCAUAUGACCUCCUGUGCAGGAAGAUGGCAGAGGAGUUGGAUGCAGUCAUCAUCUCUGUGGAUUACAGACUGGUCCCUGACGUGUAUUUCCCGGGUCAGUAUGAGGAUGCGAUCAGGGCCUGCAGGAACAUUCUCACACAUGAGGUUCUGGAGAGGUUCUUUGUGGAUCCGAGCAGGUUGGCCGUGUCAGGAGACAGCGCUGGAGGAAACCUCGCUGCUGCCGUGGCUCAAGAGUUGGCACUGGACAGCAGCUCCUCGAUCCGGUUUAAAGUCCAGGCUCUGAUCUAUCCUGUGCUCCAGGCUCUGGACUUCAACACUCCGUCAUACCAGCAGAACGGAGACGUCCCCAUCCUGUACCGCUCGCUCAUGGUCCGUUUCUGGUUGGAGUACCUAAAUGGGGACCAGAACCUCGUCCAUGCACUGCUUGUGAACAACCACACAGUUCAGAACCAGGAAGCAGCCACAGCCAAACAGAAGCUCGACUGGACCCGAUUAUUAGCUCCUAAAUUCACCAAGCACUACAAACCCGUGGUUCCUCAUCAGGGUUCUCCACAGAUCCUGCAGCAGCUCCCAAGCCUCCUGGACACCCGAGCCGCUCCGUUACUAGCCAAGGAUGAGGUUCUGAAGUUGGUCCCUCCUGCCUACAUCAUGACGUGUGAACACGACGUUUUGCGAGAUGACGGUUUGAUGUACGCGCAGCGCCUGGAGGAGGCUGGAGUACCUGUAACCACCGACCAUUAUGAACAGGGAUUCCACGGAAUCAUGAUGUUUGGAUUUUUUCCAGCCUGUUUCUCUGUGGGGUUGCAGAGUCAAAGGAACUACAUACACUGGCUACAGAACAACCUGUAACCUUUAUUAUAGUUCUUCCAGUUUGGCUGAAGGUCCAGUGGUCCAGAUCCAUUUAUACCUCGUGUGACAUCUAUGUGUAAAGAAUACGUCAAUACUGAAUGAGUUCCUGAAAGGUGUUUAGAGUGUGUGCACUCAUCAACACAAACACACUCAUCAACACAAACACACUCAUCAACACAAACACAAACACACUCAUCAACACAAACACACUUAUCAACACAAACACACUCAUCAACACAUCAACAC